GUCCAUUUAAACAAGAGCAAGCCAGCGAGCGAAUCGUGUUAACCAAAUUUUUGUUUCGGUUUAUGUGCUGUGGUCGUGUGAUUUGAAUGGAUUAAAGUGUAAAAAGAUGGCUUCAUCCUCAAAUAAUUCGUCAAAUGAGCCCGAUUGGAUUCAACAUGACUUUCCAUUUCAAAUAUGGUUUUCAAAACCGAAUGCCGAAAUUGUUUACAAAUCUCUACUUUUACUACCGAUUAUUUUGUGCGGCGUGAUUGGGAACCUAUUGUUGCUGAAUGUCGUCUUCCGAAAUCGUGCGCUGCACACACCAACUAAUUAUAUUUUGGCUAACAUGAUAGCGGCCGAUACGUUGACAAUCUUUUUAUGUCCGGCGGUGUUCAUUUGUAGUGAUUUCUUUCAAAACUUUAUUCUCGGUCCGGUCGGAUGCAAAAUGGAUGGUUUUCUACAAGUGACGUUUCUUCUAACGGCCGUUCUAAAUUUGUGCGUAGUUAGCUAUGAUCGUUUAACAGCCAUUGUGUUGCCAAUGGAGAAGCGUAUAACAAUGCGAGGUGCAAAGAUGACCAUGCUGUUUACAUGGCUGGCGGGACUAACCAUAUCGAUUCCCUUUGCGGUUUACCGCAAUUACAAGGAGCGCAAAUGGAAGAAUUUUGUCGAAAAAUUUUGUAUGGAGAAUAUGACCGUCUUACCUCUUUACUGGAAUAUUAUUUUGAUGCUUCUGGUGCUGUGUCCGCUCUGUGUUAUGAUAAUUUGCUACUCAGCGAUCUUUUGGAAGCUGGAUCGAUAUGAACAAAAAGUAUUGAAGCGUGAAAAUUCAAUAACCAUUUCAUAUAAGACAAAAGUUGCCCGUAUGCUGUUCAUCAUUGUGGGCAUAUUCGUUUUGUUACACAUACCCUUUACGGUGCUGAUUUUUAUGCGAACAAAACUAAUAAAACGAGCUGUAAUGAAUCAAUUGGAAGGGGGCUUCUAUUUGUUGAGCUGUAUUUCACACUAUUGUUUAUUCUUAAAUUCGGCCAUAAAUCCCAUCAUUUAUGGCUUAACCAAUGACAAUUUUCGUCGAGCCUAUCAUCAAACACCAAUCAUACCGAAGCAUUUUGGCCGAUUGCUUCAUGCACUCAAACAACUGAAAUACAAGAGACAUUUGAUGGUGGAAAAACAGAACGUCGAUGUACAGCCGAUUAUAUAUCGUCUAACCCAGGAAACUGUGCCAAAUCCCGCUACAAUUAAAUCGGCUGCAUAUUUAUCGCAACAGACAGUCCCACCGAACAUCAACGACAACGACACCAGUACGGCCACCACCACCGUCAUCGCCGCCACCACCAAUAACGUCAAAUGAUUACAACAACGCGAAAUUAAUCAUCAUUUUAUAUCCUAAUUUGCCCACUUAUUUGACAAUUGACCAAUUAUUUAUGUGCUACAUUGCGACAAUUUGAAAUGAUUUCCGGUAAAGCGUUGCAAUGGGA